CAUCUUUCUUUCACUCGCCCUUCCAUUGUCCGUUCGCUACUCUCCCACGCCAUCCCCUGGCGUCGUCACUGUCUCCUCUCCCUCUUCAAUCAUAAGGUGUUCCUAGCUUAACUAUCUUGGCUGCGGUCAUCUCCACAACGGUCAGCCCAAUCGUGAGGUUCAGCUCGCUGUAGGUGCGGGAAGAAUUGGCAAAAGCUGGUGGUGAUUGAACUUGAGAUUGCUUGACUUGUUGCAAGGAAUUGGAGAAGGUUCCGGGGGAUCAGUCACAGGCGGAGAGCGAGGAAGGGUGUGGUGUAUUAAUGCAAGCAGGCUGUGUGCUGAGAUUCAGAUUGAUUGUGCGAGUAGUACGAGUUUCGUUGAUCGAUAGGGCAGGUAGGAUUUGUGCAGCUAGUGGGAGUGCAGGGUGUGUGGCAUUCUGCAGCUCGCGCUCGCAGUCCUGUUUGAUUCGUGCGAAGUCUUUGGCUGCAUUUGACAUCAUCUGGUGAGGGCGGUGCCAGUGUGGAGCUGCGAGAUACAGGAAUUGUCGUAUUUGCGUGUGACUCAGGGAAAGAUUGAGCUACGAUAUUCAACCUAAAGAUGUAUUAAUCGCUUGCACAUGGUUUCGGAUAUUUUACUCUCAGUUCCGCGAGUUCUGUAGGUGCAACUGGUGCGGCUUCAUUCAGUGGUGUAAGGAUCCUCGAGGAGACGCAAUUUGGAACUGUGAAGUAGCCGAUGUUCUGGAAGGGCAUUUGGACAGGGGACGAAUUCCACACUGUCGAAUUCUGGAGCUUCCAGUGAUCUACUGAUGAUUAUAACUCUCGAGGAAAGCCAAAAGGGGGUCCAAGGUUAAUUCUGAGAGCGUGUGUAGCUCGGGCUCUUUAGGAGGGUGUCCGGGCAGAUUGUAUUUUCAACCGUGGUAUGGAAAGUCCUCUCCUACUCGGUGCUCCAUCAGAUCAUUUCUUGGAGGGCCCAUCGUCUGGUGACAAUGUGGUCGGCGCAACAGCGUCAUUGCUGGAUAACUCUCGGCUACCUAUGCACGACUCCUUAGGUUCAAGUCUCGACAGAUUGUGUCGUUUCUCCUUCAGGAAGACUUUGUUCAAAUUCGACUCUACGGGUAGUCGAUUUAAGCGUCGGAAAGUUUCACUUGAGGAACAAUCGACAGGAGCAAUUUCUCCACCGCACAGUAUCAAGCUCAAGAUCUUGGGAGUGGAUACUCUGGAUCCUCAUGAUGAGAAGAAGGCAGCCCAGCAGAUCUCUAUUUGGACUGUGGACAGAGCGCCCACACAUGCCAUUCUUUCAAACGGCAGCAAAGGCCACAGGAAUUUUUCAGAGCGAGCGAAGGUGUUUGAGUUCCCUAUGCUCCCAGGAACCAGUCCUCCGCCCGGUGAUGCCACAGCCGAGGAAGGUCGCUGCACCAGGCCGGCUUCGAUGCCUAACUUGCGUCUAGGGGAGUCUAGGUUAGCACAUUCUUUCUCCAAGGUUCCUCUUGAAGUGGAUAUUCCAAGAGACAACAUCAAGCAGACACUCAUAAGUGACGCUCAAGGAAAAAGCAAACCCCUGCAGAAUGGUGCUGUUUCAUGUGGAUCGACGCUUCAAUCCAUUUGUGGUGGCAAUGGUGAGGGAUCUGUGAUUGUAUCGCGUCAACAUUGCCACGGGGAGGACCAUAGGAGUUCAUGGGAUUUUAAAGUCGUCGCAUCGGUGAAGAGCCAGAAUAGAAACUUGACGUCCACAGAUGUGAUUGGCACUAUCGCAUUUGAGAAGACAAAUGAAUAUUUCGCAACAGGCGGCAUCGCUCGUAAAAUCCGUGUCUAUUCCUACUCUCAACUGGUGUCGGGGGUCAGCUCGACUUACGAGGAUGAGGAUGAGGAUGAAGAUGAGGAGGAGUCUUUGGAUUAUUUGAAGCAACGACGGCUUCGCAAACGACGAGCCUCGACAUCUGAAAUUGAUCAUGCGAGGUGCUGUGUACAGGAGGUUUGCACUCCUGCGAAGUUGAGUAGUUUGCAAUGGUAUCAGGAGAGGCCUAACUUGAUUGCCUGUGGCGACUACGACGGCGUUGUAGCUGAGUGGGAUUUGGAGAGGAAUUGCACUAUUAGCGAGAGAGACGAGAAUGGCGGGCAGAGGAUAUGGAGCAUAGACUACAGCAAGGACUUUCCUAACCUUAUUGCCUCAGCUUCUGAUGACGGAACUGUUCGCAUAUGGGACCGGAAUUCUGAACAAAGUGCAGCAAUUCUUUCUCAUCCAACGUACAGUCCUAUCUGCUGCGCCGAAUUCGGUCCAGUGUCGUCUUCGCUCAUUGCAUUGGCUUCUGCAGAUAGCAAUGUUUAUCUGUACGAUACCCGAUGGUUGUCAACUCCGCUGCUAACCCUCGCGCACCACAAACGUGCAGCCAGCUACGUCAGAUUCUUGACUCGGCAUAGCUUGGUGUCAUCCUCUAUCGACAGCUCGGUGAAGCUCUGGGAUAUAACCUCCUUGAGUUCCACAUCCGAAAGAGCUGCCUCUGUUAUUUACCAGCAUUGCGACACGCUCGUCAAGUCGUUCGGCAGUCAUUAUAAUGUGCGGAACUUUACGGGGUUGUCUGUCCGGAGCGAAGGCGGGCUCAUUGCAUGUGGCUCUGAAACCAAUCAAGCUUUUGUAUAUGAUAGUCAGACGAGCAACCCCAUUUUGAUGCACAGUUUUGACUACAAGCCGACUUCAUCGAACAUGAACCCGAUUUUGGGCUCGUGGAGCUCCGAUCGACUGGCUUCGAAGGAGAGCUUGAAACACUCCGAAGGGGAUACGUCGAACAGCCUCAUCGUAAGCGCAGUCUGCUGGAGGACGAAGUCAAACGACUGUACAUUGGUAGCUGCAAACUCCGAUGGCGUCCUUAGGGUGCUGUCUGGAAGCCAAAGUAGAGAGAUCAAUUAAUUCUUCGUUAUCCUGGUACCUCUAGCGCCGGAUCAGACAAAUUAGACUGCAACGUAUGGAAUGUAGUUGUGAAUAGUAGGUAACCGACACGGAGCCUCCAUAUUGGGGUUUUCGCUGUCCGAGAUGAUCGUCAGAGACAUUGCAUCGUGACCUAGGUUUGAAAUGAAUGCCUGAUCAAGAAGCGCAGGCUGCUGCUCUUAAGUGAUAUCAUCUGGGAGGUGCAUUGAAUUUAUUCACAUGUCUUCGUCCAAUAAAUGUGGACUUCUUUCAUCGCUUCCUUAGAUCAUCCUAA